AUGUUUAUAAUUCUACCACACAUUUUAAUAAACUAUUUAAGUAAUAUUGACCAGAUAUGUUUGACUCUAGUUUGUCAAUAUUUAGAUUUAAAGGAUAGUGAUUUUGAAGGUAUCGAUACAAUCGGUCUAAGUUGGAAUGUAUCGACACUCUCUGACAUUAGAGGUAUAGAUAGAGUCAAAAAUUUGGAAAUAUACUCCACCAAUAUGAUAGAUUUUGUGUUUCCAAAUAAUUUGACUCGCUUAACAAUCAAUUUUUCGUUGUCUUUAGAACCAGAGUAUGAUAUGAAGAAAAAUAUAAUGUUACCUCAACAACUAGAGUAUCUAUCGAUAGGUAGUUGCUACGCCAUUGAGAAAGGAUUUCUUCCAUCAUGCCUUAAAUGUUUGAUUUUAGGUUUUAGUUUGACAGACAAUAAAAGAAUUGAAAGAGGUGCACUUCCAGCUUCUUUACGAAAACUAUCUAUACAAACAUACACUGGACCAGUCCAUCUUGGAUUUAAAUUACUACCAAAGUCUGUAAGAUCAUUGCAUCUACCAAUAGAUAAAUUCCACUUCAAUCCAAGUUUGCUUCCAUCGAUACCAGAGUCAGUUAUCGAUAUCAACGUAUCAUACCAUGACAGUAAGAACUAUCUCCGAAUAAGAAGACUUGACAACAACAAAUUUAUGUUCCUUACCGAAUCCAACCAAGGAUCAAUCCUUAGCAAAUCAACCAAUAUCUUUGAACUUCACAAAAUAAAAUAUGGUAAAGCGUUGGGAAUAUUAAUUGGUCGAAUAUUUAAUUAA